GGAGAACGGUGGGAGAGCAUGGGGGGGGGCUUGGCAAAUAUCGAGAUUGGACUGAGGGGUUGGUCUAGGUCAGGUCGGGUGCACUUGUCACUUUACUGCCCCAUGUUGAUGGGUAAAUUGGUUUAUGUCAUACUGCAUCCUGAACUCCAUUCAAAGGAUUCCAGUCGAGCUGUGCCACGAAGCAGAGAUUCCGCAGCAGAAGAGCUCAAGCAUCGGCUCAAAAAGGCGCUUCGCUUUGAGCAUCAUGACCAUGGCAACGAUGACCAAGAAGACCACGAAGGGCCUUCUUCUCGUGAAAUUGGCCAUGGCCCUGGGAGCCUUGCGGUUCCUCUCCUUCGUCGCGGAGACGUCCUUCGUGGGUGCCGGGUCCGGCGUGAGCCCCGUGAGCCGAGUGGCCUUGAGAGCUGAAGAGAAGGAGGGAGAUGGAAAGGAAGAAGGGAUGCUCGAUUUCCUGAAGGUAGAACAGGACAUCGAACUCUCGCCUGAUGAGUACAAGAUGGCUUUGGAACAGGAGAUUGAGACUCAAAGAAAGAAGUACUACAUCGGAGGAAAGGUGAACCCGAAGAACUUGGUCGUGCCGUGGAGGCCCGUGGAUGAGAAGCAGUUGGAGAAGGAUGCCCGACGGACGCUGAAGAAGAAUGGCAUCAAGGACCCAAGUGGACAGGAUGUCGACAUGGAGUAUGAAGAUAGUGAGAUCGAGCUGAGCGUGGUGGACGAAGAUGUGAUGGUCCAAUGGGCUGGUGGAAUGCCAGGCACCAAGGUCGGAUACAUCAUCGAGAGGAAGCCCGCAGGCAGCACCAACUACGAGGAAAUCGCGACCUAUGACAACAUGCAGAACCCACAGUUGUUGGCCAAGCGCUACAGCGGCCACGAGUAUUCCUACACGGACUCCAUGGUCGCGCCAGGCAAGUAUGACUACCGUUUGCUGUGCCGAUCUCGUGAUGGUGGCAUUACUGUGGUGGACCAGAAGGACAUCAUCGUCACCGAGCCGGCAGGCCUGGAUUUGAAGUUGGCCUUCGCCCUGCUGGGUGCGGCGGUGGUCUUCAGUGGGGUCUAUGGCUUCUUCCUCGAUCCCGGAGCGCAGCCUUAGGAUGUUAUUUACUUCCAGGAUGCGUCGGAGAAAAAUGAGCUCCAAUUCAGAGUCUUCGGCAAGAUAUGCCCAAUUGUCGCAUUUCGAAACCAUUUGAGCGACUGCUUUAGCAGUCCAAGCAAUGCUGAUUUUCAUUUGCGUGUGCGAA